AUGUUGUCCAUAUCAACAGAGAGCUGGAGCAUGUACCCAGCAAACACCACCAGCUAUCAGAUUGCAUUGACAGACGGUGCCAACAGCUCCUCGCAGUUCACUGGCGUCGAGUUGCUGCAGUCGUUCAAGCCCCUCAUCAUCCCCUGUUACGUGCUGGUGGUGUUUGUUGGCAUCGUCGGGAACUACCUGCUCCUCUACGUCAUCUGCAAGACCAAGAAGAUGCACAACGUCACCAACUUCUUCAUCGGCAAUCUGGCCUUCUCUGACAUGCUGAUGUGUGCCACCUGUGUGCCCUUCACCCUGGCGUAUGCCUUCCACCCGCGCGGCUGGAUCUUCGGCAAGUUCAUGUGCUACUUCGUCUUCUUGAUGCAGCCGGUGACGGUCUACGUGUCCGUAUUCACGCUCACUGCCAUCGCUGUGGACAGGUAUUACGCCACGGUGCACCCGCUGAGGAAGCGCAUCUCCAUCGGCACCUGCACCUAUAUCCUGGCCGGGGUCUGGCUCGUUUCGUGCGCCUUGGCAGCUCCGGCCCUCGCCCACACCUUCCACAUCCGGUUCCAGGACCAGGACCUGACCAUCUGCGAGGAGUUCUGGAUGGGGUUGGAGAGGCAGCACUUGGCGUACGCCUACAGCACCCUGAUCAUCACCUACAUCCUGCCGCUGUCGGCCGUCUCGCUGUCCUACCUGCGCAUCACCCUCAAGCUGAGGAAGAGGGUCGUGCCAGGCAAUGCCACGCACGGCCAGGAGCGAUGGGAGAAGGCCAGGCGCAAGAAGAUCUUUCGGCUCCUGGUGCUGGUGGUGGCCGCGUUUGGGGCCUGCUGGCUGCCGCUGCACGUCUUCAACAUCAUCCGGGACAUCGACAUCAGCCUGAUCGACAAGGACUACUUCAACCUGGUCCAGCUCCUGUGCCACUGCGUCGCCAUGACAUCGGCCUGCUGCAACCCCUUCCUCUACGCCUGGCUCCACGACCGCUUCCGGGCCGAGCUGAAGAAGAUGUUCGCCUGCAGGAGGAAGAUCGCGCCCGCUAACAACUGCAUCGCUGUCAGUGUCGUGCUGUAG